UCUUCUUGUUUGGAUGAUCGCCUCCUGGCCAAACUACUGAUUAUCGAGAGGCAGUUUGACGGCAUUGUAGAUGUCUUGAAUGGCGAGGGAGCGAUCGCCCUUGACGAGCUUCGCCGUCGCACCAGUUCAAUACCGCUAGAGGGUGACGCGAAAAUCCUCACAGAUCGUGCCAGAGAAGCGGAUGAGACAGUGAAAACGUUAGCUAUUCUUUGCAUUUAUCUAACAUGA